CAUCGGCGUCCGUCCCGUCUGUCAAAAAAUUAGAUAGGGCAUUAUUAUCAAUCAUUUAGAAGACAAUGACUGAGUAAUGGUGGCUGCCGUGGAACUGCAGUAGUGUACAGCUUGUUUCCUGAUACUUGUUGAACGGCAUUGAUGACGCAAUGAAGUCUAAAGAUGGAGUCUACACUGAUGUAUAGAGAAUAACUAGUAGCCUGUUGAGUUACCAGCGGUCUGAUGAGAAACGACAACAUGCCUGUACCAGCAGACAACAUGAACGCAAAUGAACCAGGUCUACUGAGAUUACUGGGUUCCUUAACGGAGCUCGGAGAUGGAUUCCACGGAAGGCAAGAUGACUUUAUGUUCUUACAGAACGUCCUGGCAAGUCCGGAGUUCCACGCUCUGUUUAAUGCACACAAUGCGGUGAAAGCAUAUGGACAGAAUCAGUGGGACCCGGUAACUCUGGACUCCUCUACUAUGAUGACUGAUCUUUGUAAUGACAUGCUGAACUUUGCCAUGAUCCCCGAGGUCCGCGAGCUGUGCUACUUGCUGACUCGUCCCCACAUGAGGGCGCUGUUUGACUCGCAUGACCAGCUAGCCAACGGGGAGUACAUUCCACAACUUCCGGACGUUACACUGGGCACCAAUGCUGAUGACGAUGACACUGUGAAGAUUGUACGAUUGGUAAAAGGGAAUGAACCUCUGGGAGCUACUAUCAAAUGGGAUGAUGUGCUGGGAUCGGUGGUCAUUGCUCGGGUAAUGCAUGGUGGAGCCGCUGAUAGAAGUGGUUUGAUCCAUGUUGGUGAUGUAGUGCAUGAAGUCAAUGGAGUGGACGUCAGAGGGAGAGACCCUGAUGAAGUGGUGGGCUUGCUGUCCUCAUCUGACGGAACGAUUACUUUCAAGCUGGUGCCAGCUGAGGUAGAGACCAGAAAUGCCUUGGAGAGUCAGAAAUGUGAGAUCAUUCCAAAGCAGCAAGUUCGUGUGAAGACAUACUUUGACUACAACCCAUACAACGAUAACUCCAUCCCGUGUCCGGAGGCGGGGCUUUCCUUUAAGAAGGGGGACGUUCUACACAUUGUGAAUCAAGACGAUCCCAUGUGGUGGCAGGCAAGACGGGAAGGAGAGAGGGGCCCCCGAGCGGGCCUCAUCCCAAGCCGUCUCCUCCAAGAAAGGCGUAUGGCGCUUAACAAGUGUCCUACUACAUUAAUCAGCACCCACUCCACAGAGCAAGCGUUACAGAGAACUUCCCUGAGAAUUUCAACUCGGAGCGGAGGUCUGCGAGGAAGUAAGAGGAAGAUGAAGAAGAUUAUGUAUCAAGCAAAGAAGUGUGAAGAUUUUGCCCAGCAUGAAAUCUUGACAUACGAAGAAGUCAUUCCUUAUCUUGCCAGAGAGAAUCCUAGACCGAUAGUUCUUGUAGGAGCACCAGGAGUAGGUAGAAAUGAACUCAAGAGAAGAGUAAUCGCAACCAACCCUGAACAUUAUCAACCAGCCAUUCCUCAUACCUCAAGACCUAAGAAAUGGGCAGAGGAAGAUGGUAAAGAGUAUUACUACAUUGAGAGGUCGCUGAUGGAGGAGGCUAUUACAGGAAACCAAUUCCUGGAGUAUGGAGAAUACAAAGGCAAUCUGUACGGCACCAGCAUUGAGACCAUUAAGAGGGUAUCUAAAGCUGGUAAACUCUGUAUAGUCAACGUACACCCACAGGCCCUGAAGGUUCUUCGUGAGAGCGGUUUGAAGCCAUUUGUGAUCUACGUCAAACCACCACCCCUCGAUGUCUUGAGAGAGACGAGAAAGGUGCAGAAACCCAAGCUAGGCAUGGACAAGAAUGCCAACAGACUGUUCAGCGAAGAGGAAAUGGUUGACAUGAUUCAAAUAGGCAUGCGCAUCGAGUCCAACUACAAGAACUACUUUGACGCGGUCAUCGUCAACGACCAACUUCCAAGAUCAUAUAAUGAGCUGAUUAGUAUCGCUAGAAAGCUAGAAGUGGAGCCUCAAUGGGUACCCAGUUCGUGGAUGAGGUAGAAUACGCCCAGUACCCAGAGGGUUUGUACCCAAGAAAUAACCAGUUGGUUGCCAACAGUAAAGUAGCAAAACUUUUCCAUUGCUACAAUCGCCUUCCAAGAUAGCUCUACGACAGAUGGAGAGAUAGAGGUUGCGUCUUAAUGGGCACUGAGCUUAAUGUACAACAAGUACAAUGAGGUACGGUACGCCCAGUAAACACCCAGUAAACACCCAGUAAACACCCAGUAAACAACCAGUGAACACUCAGUGAACGCCCAGUAAACGCCCAGUAAACACCCAGUAAACACCCAGUAAACACCCAGUAAACAACCAGU